CGGGACACGGCCUCGGCCGCUACCCCAGCCACGGCUCCCCGGGCCCCUGGGUCCCCGGACUGUCGGUGUCCGGGCUGAAGGUCGGUCCGGACGACGGAGGACGCAGACCUCCGGACUUUCGGGGCGGUCUCCUGACGGGGCCCCCCGGCUGCCGAGAGGCAUCAUGUCUACUGCCUCAGCUGCCUCCUCCUCCUCCUCCUCUUCGGCGGGUGAGAUGAUCGAGACCCCCUCGCAGGUCCUCCACUUCGAAGAAAUCGACUAUAAGGAGAUUGAGGUGGAAGAAGUUGUUGGAAGAGGAGCCUUUGGAGUAGUAUGCAAGGCUAAGUGGAGAGCAAAAGAUGUGGCCAUUAAACAAAUAGAAAGUGAAUCUGAGAGAAAAGCUUUUAUUGUAGAGCUUCGGCAAUUAUCCCGUGUAAACCACCCAAAUAUUGUGAAGUUAUAUGGAGCCUGUUUGAAUCCAGUAUGCCUUGUAAUGGAAUAUGCUGAAGGAGGCUCUUUAUACAAUGUGCUGCAUGGUGCCGAACCCUUGCCAUACUACACUGCUGCCCAUGCAAUGAGCUGGUGUUUACAGUGUUCCCAGGGAGUGGCGUAUCUUCACAGUAUGCAACCAAAAGCUCUAAUCCACAGGGACUUGAAACCACCCAACUUGCUGCUGGUUGCCGGGGGGACAGUUCUGAAAAUCUGUGAUUUUGGUACUGCCUGUGACAUUCAGACACACAUGACCAACAACAAAGGAAGUGCUGCUUGGAUGGCACCUGAAGUUUUUGAAGGUAGCAAUUACAGUGAAAAAUGUGAUGUCUUCAGUUGGGGUAUUAUCCUUUGGGAAGUGAUAACCCGUCGGAAACCUUUUGAUGAGAUUGGUGGUCCGGCGUUCCGCAUAAUGUGGGCUGUUCAUAAUGGUACGCGACCCCCACUGAUCAAAAAUUUGCCCAAGCCUAUUGAAAGCUUAAUGACUAGGUGUUGGUCAAAGGAUCCUUCACAACGACCUUCCAUGGAGGAAAUUGUGAAAAUAAUGACUCACUUGAUGCGGUACUUUCCAGGAGCAGAUGAGCCAUUACAAUAUCCUUGUCAGUAUUCAGAUGAAGGGCAAAGUAAUUCUGCCACAAGCACAGGUUCAUUCAUGGACAUCACUUCUACAAAUACCAGUAACAAUGACACUAUGGAACAGAUUCCAGCAACAAAUGAUACCAUUAAGCGCUUAGAAUCCAAAUUGUUGAAAAAUCAAGCCAAGCAACAGAGCGAUUCUGGGCGUUUAAGCUUGGGAGCAUCUCGAGGGAGCAGCGUGGAAAGCUUGCCACCGUCAUCAGAGGGCAAGAGGAUGAGCGACAUGUCUGAAAUAGAAGCAAGAAUAGCUGCUACCACAGGCAACGGACAGCCAAGGCGUAGAUCCAUUCAAGACUUGAGUGUUACUGGAACAGAACCCAGUCAGGUGAGUAGUAGGUCAUCCAGUCCUAGCGUCAGAAUGAUCACUACCUCAGGACCAACUUCUGAAAAGCCAACAAGGAGCCAUCCCUGGACCCCUGAUGAUUCCACAGAUACUAAUGGAUCAGAUAACUCCAUCCCAAUGGCCUACCUUACACUGGAUCACCAACUUCAGCCCCUAGCACCGUGCCCAAACUCCAAAGAAUCCAUGGCUGUGUUUGAACAGCAUUGUAAAAUGGCCCAAGAAUAUAUGAAAGUUCAAACAGAAAUAGCAUUACUUUUGCAGAGAAAGCAAGAACUAGUAGCAGAACUGGACCAGGAUGAAAAAGACCAGCAAAAUACAUCUCGUCUGGUACAAGAACAUAAAAAGCUUUUAGAUGAAAACAAAAGUCUUUCCACGUACUACCAGCAAUGCAAAACAUUAGAGGUCAUCAGAAGUCAACAACAAAAACGACAAGGCACUUCAUGAUUCUCUGAGACCUUGGAUUUGAAAAUCAUGCACAGAAAGACUUUUUUUUUUGAGGGGGGAGGGGAAACAUUAAUACUUAUAAUUCAUGAGUGUUAGCUUCUUGAUGUGUCCUGAAUGCCUACUCCCUAUAUUUGCUGCAUUUGUUACAUCAUUUAUUUUCCUAUUCUUCUGGUGGACAUGCAGUUCAACAGUCCUGUUGAAUAACAUGGGACAUCCGUGACUUGAAUAAGCAGCAGAAUUUAGCAUAAAGGCAGAUACAGUGAACCAUGACUGUGCAUGCAUGCUUAUUGUGUCAAGGCUAGCCUGACAGAAAGAGGAAGUGGGUUAAAAUGGCUGCUAUAUGCAAGAUCUUCUUGGUUUUCACAUUAGGAUGUUACCUCAGUAAGAACAAAACAAAAACUUGGAGAAUAGUUUUGUUCUUGUAUCUCAUCUCAAGCAAAUUCAAAAUAUCACUUUUAGAUGAAAAGAAGCAUGUCCCAAGUUUAAAGACAAAGUGCUGUCCUAGAAUAAUUGGUGAUACAUUGCAGAGACAUUUGACCCAUAGGGAUGAUGUAAAAUGGAAGGCAAUCUGAUGCCAACGCCCCUGCCUUACUGAUUUCCUUCCAUAAGAUUUUUGAAGAUAAGUAAGCAGCUAUUGCUUCAUUUUAGAAAAGGAGCAGUUUGGCCUUAUCUUACUGAACUGCAAUUUGAUGGCAAUACAGUAAGUAAAAUGUCUCUUUUUUAAAUGUUUUUAAUUAAGUAUGAUUGUAUGUAUGCAUGGGUUGAACUUAGAACUUUUGUGCCUCCCAUAUCUCUUAAAUGAAACUAAAAAGCCAAUGAAAAUGAUCUAUCUUAAAUGAUCAUUCCUUCCACAGUAAUAUAUGCCUGGUUUUAUACUACGUAUUUGAAAAGCUAUGGAAAAAGAAGCAGGAUUCCUCAUAGACGCGAUGAGUUGUUCUGGCUUGAAAGAUUUGGAUUUGGUAAAGAAAAAGAAUCCACUAAACAAGAAAUAAAAGCUAGAAAAUCGAGAGGGUCAAGUUAAGAAGUAAAAGCAAACAACAUCAAAUCAUCAAGCCCUCUCUGUAUUCCAGUGAUGUGAGUAAUGCCUUCUCCAAGCAAGCCUGUCCUAGAGUGAAUGCCUGCUACCUCCUCUUUGCCUGAAAAGAAAAGGAGCCACACUUCAUCAUCUAGAAAUGGAAUAAGAGAGAGAGAGAGAGAGAGAGAGACUCUGUGUGUGUGUGUAUCCUUCAUUGCCCACAAUCAUGUGGAUAGAAAUAACUUUAAAGUAGUAAUAAAAGAUCAUGGAGUACUUAGAAUUUCUAUAGCCUAGUAAUAUCUUUUCAGCUGGCAUAAAGUCAGUCCCAGUGGAUAAGAUGUUAUUCUCAAAUUUUGAAAGCAUUUAUAUUUUCUGAGGAGAAAAUUUUUAAAAUAACAGGUUGCUGUGUCAUCAAAAUGCCAAAAAGAUAAUUGAAACUUUUAUGGGUGGUGUUUAGUGCUGUAUUUCAGAUGAGCAUUUAGUCUUAAUGUUAGAACUGUUGAUUAAAAUAUGAGUCAUAAAAAGGACUUUUUUUCUUCCAUUUUCUCUUUCCACUAAGCUUCAUGGUAUGUGUUUUUGUACAUGUGUGUUUAUAUGCACAGGCAUUUAUUUGUAUGUGUUUGAGAGAGAUAAUAGUUAUUAGAAAGAUGAAGGAUGAUUUGUUACUAAAGACUGCCAUUUUUAGCUUAAAUCUAUUCUUGGGAAGUCUCUGGAAGCAAAAAUUUUCAUUUUUUUUAAAUAAAGGGAGGGUUAUCAUUCCCAAAUAAUUUGAUUAGCUAGCUGAAACUGAUAUUGGGAUCAACUUAAGGGCACACAUAUUUAUAGCAAAACAUAAUUGGCAGAGAAAAUAACUGUAGAAUUAUGAAUAGCACAGUUAUCCAAAGCAUUGCUGCUUUCAUACAUCUGUCAAUCUACUGAAAUGGACUCAGUCCAUGAGCAGUGAUUUUCAUAACAUGUUUCAAAGCAUGAUGCAUAGCAGCAUGGAUGUGAAGGCAUGAUUUCACCUGCAUGGUUAAUAAUUGCAGAUGCCAGAUCAUAUCUCAGGAUAUCAACUGGUUAUUGCUGUCACUACCUAUAUAUAAAAGGGGAAAUAGAAGUUCUUUAGCUUAUGUGAAGGUCAUGCUAGUUUGAGGACAUGGUACAUAGUUCACAUGGCCAUUUUUAGAGCAGUUGCUUCUUUGUUUACAGUCAACUCGUAUUUUUUAAGUACUGUAGUUCUCCUAUACAUUGAGUGAAACUCAACUUGUUUAGUAGUUUGUAUUGCCAGUCUAAAGUUAUGUGUGUUUAUUUUUUGUUUUGUUUUUAUUUUUUUAACAAGGGAGUAAAGACAAUGACUAAUUAUGCGUGGUAAUGGGGAACAGGGAUAGAUCAUGUGAAUCCCUAAAUAAUCCCCAAACUUCAUGUUAACCAAUUUCUUCACCCUCCUAAACGCAGUUUUAUCAAGAAGCCAAAUUUGAUUCAUUCUACUUUUUAACCUUCUUGCCUUGACCAUCAAAGACGAGUGAGGUUGAGAAGGAAGGAGAACAAGAAUUUUAGCUGAUCUACCAACUAAAUGAUCAACCUUGAUUACUAAAAGUUGGUUCUACCUAUGUAACAUAUGCCUACCUUAAAAAGACCUGUGAAGAAAAAUAUUUGUUUCCUCUGAGAUCUAUGCAGUAGCAAUGAUUUUUUUAAGUCAAACAAAAAUCAAUCACCAGUAUUUUCCAUAUAGCACCAUUAGCAUGUUCUGAAGGCUUUUGUUAUACAGUUGUUUACAAAUGUUGUACUUGUCUUUUGUUAAAAUAUUUUGGCUUGUUGACUAUUUUUCAUGUUACUCUUAUGUUCCUAAUUAAAGUUAUCCCUCCAUAUAUUCAUAGAGGUGAAGCAUCUAUUUUUUUUCUCUUCCUCUCACCCCUUUUUUAAAAUUCUGACUUUCACCCCCUUGUUUUCUGCCUUAAAAAGUUGAUGAACUCUAUACUUAUUCACAAUUUUUAUGUAAGAUAUUGUGUAAUGCCAAUAUUCUUCUGUAUUCCAUGUGAUUCUAACCCCCCAACAUGCUUUUUUUGAUUUAUUUUUGUUUUUGAUGAAAAAUUGAAGAUUGUCAUUCAAACUUGUAUAUAAAAUGGCAAAUUAUUUCAUAUGAUAUAGGAAUGAGCUGUGUGGCUUUCUGCUGCAAUAGUGUAUUUACCUUACACAAAAUCUAAUAAAAACUGAAAAUUUUCAGUAUCCUCGUAA